AAGUCAUGCGAAAAGAAGCGUCGUGACAUUUAGCUAAACGGUGCCCAAAAAAUUUUCAGUGCGAAGGGUAGGCUCUUGUAACAGUGAGAAGAGUCAGCAAUAGGGAGAGUGGUUGCAGCGAGAAUUUUCGUGUGAAAAUUUUGCUAGCAGAUCCGAAACAGUUGGAGAAGAGAUUUAGCCUUAACUUAGGGGAUGAACCAGAACUGGUGAACUAACUGGAUACACGACUUGAAAUGAAGCUUUUGGGCGCCUUUUUGGCGUUAACAGCGUCCUUUUCGCUUGUUAUUGGUACAGAAUUUCUCGACCUACUCGAAAAUGCCAGACAGCUAGAAGUAAUGGAAUACAGCUCCAACAUCAAAUGUAAAAGCGAAGGAUUUCAAAUAGAUCCACAAGACUGCCGAACUUUCUACAGAUGUGUCUCAGAUGCAAAGAACAAUAUCAAAGCGAUCAAAUUUGAAUGUGGUGCCGGUACCAUUUUUGAUCCAGACCUUAAUGUUUGUAACUACCCACAAGCAACAAGUAGGCAAGAAUGUUAUGGAAAUGAAAUAGAGGGCGACAAUUCGAAUGGUCAGAAUCAAAACAAUGGUCAAUGGAACAACCAAGGGAGUAGUUCUAGUGGUAAUCAAUGGGGAGGAUCAAAUAGUCAAAAUCAAGGAAGUUCAAACAACCAAAAUCAAAAUAACAAUCAAUGGAGCAAUGGAAAUAAUAUGAAUAAUCAGAAUCAAAACAACAAUCAGUGGAAUAACCAAGGAGGUAGUUCAAGUAACAACCAAAACCAAAAUAACAAUCAAUGGAGUAACGGAAGCAAUAUGAACAAUCAAAAUCAAAACAAUAAUCAGUGGAAUAACCAAGGAGGUAGUUCAAGUAGCAACCAAAAUCAAAAUAAUAAUCAAUGGUCAAGCGGAAGUAGCACAUCUAAUAAUCAAAACCAAGGAAAUUACCAACAAGGAGCUAUCAAUCAAAACCAGAGCCAUAAUUCUGGCAGCAGCUCCAAUAACCAGAACCAAAUCCAGGGAGGAUCUUCGAAUAGCUCAAACAAUGAAUACCAGCAAGGUCAACUCAAUGGAAAGAACUGCGCCAAAGAAGGUUUUGUUGGCGAUGAAAAGAAUUGUUCCAAAUUUUAUAGAUGUGUAGAUAAUGGUAAAGGAGCUCUACUUCAGUACACCUAUACUUGUGGACCUGGUACCGUGUGGGAUCAAAGUCUUGGAUCUUGUAAUCAUGCAUGGGCAGUUGAAGGAAAAUGCAAACAAGAACAAAAUAAUCAACAAGGCAGUCAAAAUCAAAACAAUAACAAUCAAGGGCAAUCAAAUAACCAGAGUAGUUCUGGUAAUCAGAACCAGGGAUCCAAUAGCCAGGGAAGUUCAAGCAAUCAAAACCAAAACAACAAUAACCAAGGUGGAUGGAGCAACCAAAAUCAAGGAGGAUCCGGCAAUCAAGGUGGAUCCAACAACCAAAACAGCAACAAUCAAGGAGGAUGGAGUAAUCAAAAUCAAGGAGGAUCUGGAAACCAAGGUAGUUCAAGCAACCAGAACAACAAUAAUCAAGGAGGUUGGAGUAAUCAAAAUCAAGGAGGAUCCAGCAAUCAAGGUAGUUCAAGCAACCAGAACAACAAUAACCAAGGAUCAUGGAGUAAUCAAAAUCAAGGAGGAUCCAGCAACCAAGGAGGUUCAAGCAAUCAAAACAGCAAUAAUCAAGGUGGAUGGAGUAAUCAAAAUCAAGGAGGGUCAAGCAAUCAAGGUAGUUCAAGCAAUCAAAACAACAACAACCAAGGAUCAUGGAGUAAUCAAAAUCAAGGAGGAUCCGGCAAUCAAGGUGGAUCUAACAACCAAAACAAUAAUAAUCAAGGAGGAUGGAGUAAUCAAAAUCAAGGAGGAUCCGGAAAUCAAAGUGGAUCCAACAACCAAAACAACAAUAACCAAGGAGGAUGGAGUAAUCAAAAUCAAGGUGGAUCAGGAAAUCAAGGUGGUUCGAGUAAUCAGAAUCAAAACAAUAACAACCAAGGCGGAUGGAGCAACCAAAACCAAAACAACAAUCAAGCAGGAUCAGGAAACCAAGGUAGUUCUAGUAAUCAGAAUCAAAAUAACAACAGCCAAGGCGGAUCGAACAACCAAAACCAAAACAGCAACCAAGGUGGGUCCAAUAAUCAAGGAACUUCAAGCAAUCAGAACCAAAACAACAACAACCAGGGAGGAUCGAGCAACCAAAAUCAAAACGUCAACCAAGGAGGAUCCAGUAAUCAAGGCAGUUCUAGCAAUCAGAACCAAAACAACAACAACCAAGGUGGAUGGAGCAACCAAAACCAGAACAAUAAUCAAGGAGGAACAGGUAAUCAAGGAAGUUCCAAUAACCAAAACAAUAACAAUCAAAGUGGUUCGAAGAAUCAAACAAGUCAAGGACAAAUUGUUGGAUCGAACUGCGUAAAAGAAGGAUUUGUUGGAGAUGAUGCCGAUUGUUCCAAGUUUUAUAGAUGCGUAGAUAAUGGUAAAGGAAGUUUCACGAAGUACCAAUACACUUGUGGAUCAAAUACUGUUUGGGAUCAGGAGAAAAUGUCCUGUAAUCAUGCUUGGGCUGUAGAAGGCAGGUGCAAAAACGAACAAAUAAAUUCCAAUAAUCAAGGAAGCUCAUCAAAUAAUCAAAAUAAUCAGAGUGGAACCAAUAAUCAAAACUAUCAAGGAGGAUCAAGUUCACAGAACCAAAAUAACCAAGGAGGAUCAGGUAAUCAAAAUAACCAAGGUGGUUCCAAUCAAGGAGGAUCGAGUAAUCAAAAUAACCAAGGUGGUUCAAAUCAAGGAGGAUCAAGUAACCAAAAUAAUCAAGGUGGAUCAGGUAACCAAAACAAUCAAGGAGGAUCAAGUAAUCAAAAUAACCAAGGUGGAUCAAAUCAAGGAGGAUCAAGUAACCAAAAUAACCAAGGUGGAUCAGGUAACCAAAACAAUCAAGGAGGAUCAAGUAAUCAAAAUAACCAAGGCGGAUCAAAUCAAGGAGGAUCAAGUAAUCAAAAUAACCAAAGUGGUUCAAAUCAAGGAGGAUCGAGUAACCAAAAUAAUCAAGGUGGAUCAAGUAAUCAAAACAAUCAAGGAGGAUCAAGUAAUCAAAAUAACCAAGGUGGAUCAAAUCAAGGAGGAUCAAGUAAUCAAAAUAAUCAAAGUGGUUCCAAUCAAGGAGGAUCAAGUAACCAAAAUAACCAAGGAGGUUCAAGCAAUCAAAAUAACCAAGGUGGAUCUAGCAAUCAAGGUGGAUCAAGUAACCAAAAUCAGGGUGCCAACCAGGGUUCUUCUAAUAAUAAUAGUAAUAACACAAAUCAGUCAAGUGGACAGGGACAACUUACAGGUUCAGAAUGUUCAAGAGAAGGAUUUGUGGGGGAUGAAAAUGAUUGUGCCAAAUUUUAUAGAUGCGUAGCUAAUGGAAAUGGACGUUUUAUAAAAUACCAAUUUACAUGCGAGGCAAACACAGUCUGGGAUCAGAAAUUACUGGCUUGCAAUCAUGCAUGGGCCGUGGAAGGCAAAUGCAAAAAUGCCGAAAACAAAGGACCUAACAAUCAGAACAACCAAGGUGGGUCAAACAGUACUGGAACUAAUAACCAAAAUAAUAAUAAUCAAGGAGGAUGGAAUAAUCAAAAUCAAGGAGGAUCCGGCAAUCAAGGUGGAUCUAACAACCAAAACAAUAAUAAUCAAGGAGGAUGGAGUAAUCAAAAUCAAGGAGGAUCCGGCAAUCAAGGUGGAUCUAACAACCAAAACAAUAAUAAUCAAGGCGGAUGGAGUAAUCAAAAUCAAGGAGGAUCCAGCAAUCAAGGUGGUUCCACUAACCAAAACAGCAAUAAUCAAGGAGGUUGGAAUAACCAAAAUCAAGGAGGAUCCAGCAACCAAGGAGGUUCCAGUAACCAGAACAACAAUAACCAAGGGGGGUGGAAUAACCAAAAUCAAGGAGGAUCAAACAACCAGGGUGGAUCAAGCAACCAAGGUAGUUCCAGCAACCAAAAUAACAAUAAUCAAGGAGGAUGGAGCAAUCAAAAUCAAGGAGGAUCCAGCAACCAAGGAGGUUCAAGUAAUCAGAACAGCAAUAAUCAAGGUGGAUGGAGUAAUCAAAAUCAAGGAGGAUCCAGCAAUCAAGGUGGAUCUAACAACCAAAACAGCAAUAACCAAGGAGGUGGGAGCAACCAAAAUCAAGGAGGAUCCAGCAAUCAAGGUGGAUCCAACAACCAAAACGGCAAUAAUCAAGGAGUAUGGGGUAAUCAAAAUCAAGGAGGAUCCAGCAAUCAAGGUGGGUCUAACAACCAAAACAGCAAUAACCAAGGAGGUGGGAGCAACCAAAAUCAAGGAGGAUCCAGCAAUCAAGGUGGAUCCAACAACCAAAACGGCAAUAAUCAAGGAGUAUGGGGUAAUCAAAAUCAAGGAGGAUCCAGCAAUCAAGGUGGAUCUAACAACCAAAACAGCAAUAACCAAGGAGGUGGGAGCAACCAAAAUCAAGGAGGAUCCAGCAAUCAAGGCGGAUCCAACAACCAAAACAGCAAUAAUCAAGGAGGUGGAAGUAACCAGAAUCAAGGGGGAUCUAGCAACCAAGGAGGUUCAAGUAAUCAGAAUAGCAAUAACCAAGGUGGAAUAAGUAAUCAGAACCAGAAUGGUAAUAACCAAAAUAAUAAUGGAUCGAAACAAAACGGUACAAAUAUAGCUCAACCAGGACAAUUGAAUGGUUCUGAAUGUACGAAGGAAGGUUUUGUUGGAGACGAUAAAGACUGUUCUAAAUUUUAUAGAUGUGUUCCCGGACAAAAUGGUAAAUUAAUCAAGUAUCAGUAUACAUGUGCUCCGAAUACUGUCUGGGAUCAAGACAAAAUGGCCUGUAAUCAUGCUUGGGCUGUUAGCGGAAAAUGUGGAUCUAACACCAAUAGUCAAGGAGGAGCGACUACCUCAAAUAAUCAGAACCAAGGAAAUAAUCAAGGCGGAAACAACAAUUCCAACAAUCAGAAUCAGAACAAUAACCAGGGAGGAAAUCAAAGCAACAACCAAUGGAAUAAUGGUAAUAAUAACAAUCAAAAUCAAGGAAACAACCAAGGAGGUAGCAAUAACUCCAAUAAUCAGAACCAAAAUAAUAAUCAAUGGGGUAGUGGAAGUUCCAACAACCAAAGUGGAGGAAGUAGUUCCACUAGUAAUCAGAACCAAAAUAAUCAAUCGAAUGGUGGAGGUAGUUCCAAUAACCAGAAUGCAGGUGUUAAUCAAGGAGGAAGUAACAACAACAAUACUCAGAUAACAGUAAUUAAUAAUCAGAAUCAACAAGGAGGAAGUGGUUCCAGUAGCCAGAAUCAAAACAAUAACCAAUCAGGAAAUGGAGGCAAUUCAAGUAACAACAAUAAUCAGAAUCAGAACAACAAUCAAUGGGGAAAUGGUGGAAAUUCCAACAAUAACCAGAAUCAAAACAAUAACCAAGGGGGAAAUGGUGGAAAUUCCAACAAUAACCAGAAUCAAAACAAUAACCAAGGGGGAAAUGGUGGAAAUUCCAACAAUAACCAGAAUCAAAACAAUAACCAAGCAGGAAGCGGUGGUAAUUCCAACAAUAACCAGAAUCAGAACAACAACCAAGGGGGAAGCGGUGGAAAUUCCAACAAUAACCAGAAUCAGAACAAUAACCAAGGGGGAAGUAGCAGUUCCAACAACCAAAAUCAAGGAAGCUCUGGCAACAAAACACAAAUACAACAAGGUCAACUUGAUGGAGAAAACUGUUCCAAAGAAGGUUUUGUAGGUGAUCAGAAAGACUGCUCUAAGUUCUACAGAUGUGUGAAAGGAGGCAAUGGACGCCUGCAAAAAUAUCAAUAUACCUGUGGUCCAGGCACUGUAUGGGAUCAAUCACAAGUUUCUUGUAAUCACGCUUGGGCAGUAGAAGGAAAAUGUAAAAGUGAAAGUGGAAAUCAGCAAAUGAACAAUAAUUCAGGUCAAGGUGGACAACAAAACCAAAAUAAUCAACAGAAUCAAAAUAACCAACAAAAUCAAAGUAAUAACCAAGGAAGCAAUCAACAAAAUCAACAAGGUCAAAACAACAAUCAGUGGAAUCAAGGCAACAACAGUCAAAAUAAUCAACAAAAUCAAAACAAUAAUCAAUGGGGCCAAGGAGGAAGCAAUCAACAGAAUCAAAAUAAUCAACAAAACCAAGGAAAUCAACAGAACCAACAAAAUCAGAGUAACAAUCAAUGGAACCAAGGUAGCAACCAACAAAAUCAAAAUAAUCAACAAAACCAAGGCAAUAACCAAUGGAAUCAAAGUGGUAACCAACAAAAUCCAAGUCAACAACCAAUAUCUGGUGGAAAGGGAAAUUGUACCAAAGAAGGAUUCCUCGAAGACCCCAACGAUUGUACCAAAUUUUACAGAUGUGCUUUGGGAGAUAAUGGCAAGCUAACCCAGUAUCAAUUCACAUGUGGACCAGGGACUGUAUGGGAUCCAACCCAGCUAGUUUGCAAUCAUCCUGCCAGUAUUUCUGGCAAAUGUGGAAAUAAUCAAAGUAGUGAUAGCCAGAAUAAUAAUUCUAACCAAACUAACAAUCAGAACCCGUCAAAUGGAACGUUAAAUCCAAAUUCGGAUGACAAAGGUCCCAAUAACCAAAAUAUGAAUAACAUCAAUGGAGGUUCUAAUAAUCAGAAUCAAAGCAGCAAUGGCGAUUCCUCUAACCAAGAAAUGAAUGAUGGUCAAAAUCAAUCGAACAAUCAAAACCAGUCCAAUACUCAUAAUCAAUCUAAUGGUCAAAAUCAAUCUAACGAACAGAACCAAUCUAAUGGUCAAAAUCAAGCGAAUGAGCAGAAUCAAUCUGAUGGACAGAACCAGUCCAAUAGUCAAAACCAAAACAACGGUCAAGAUUCAUCUAGUAGCGAAAACCAGCCAAACAAUCAAAACAACAACAUGCAGAACCAAUCAAACACUGAUCUUAAUAACCAGAAUUCUACCAACAGUCAAAACAAUACCAACAAUCAAAGUGGUAAUAAUCAAAUAAACAGCUCAAAAGGAACAGAAUGUAAACAAAAUGGUUUUUUGGGCGACCCCAAGGACUGCAAGAAGUUCUACAGAUGUGUGGAGAAGGGUGAUGGUAAAUUUACAAGAUACGAGUUUGCUUGUGGUACUGGAACAGUGUGGGAUAUAGAAUUGGCAACAUGCAAUUACCCUUAUGCAGCCAAUCGUGAAGAAUGUAAAAACCAAAGUUCAUCUGAGGUUCCAAUUGAGCCAGAUACUCCAACUGAAUCACCUCAACAAGAAACAACUUCCGGACCAUCAACUUCUUCAGGAAUGGAAUCAACUACAACUACUCCAACAGAUCCAAAUCAGCAAGAAUCUACUUCCGUAACAUCAACUUCUUCAGGAAUGGAAUCAACUACAACUACUCCAACAGAUUCAAAUCAGCAAGAAUCUACUUCCGUACCAUCAACUUCUUCAGGAAUGGAAUCAACUACAUAUACUCCAACAGAAUCAACUACAUCAAGUCAAAUAACACAAUCAACUUCUAGCUCCUCGGAAAUCGAAUCUACUGAAAAUCCUCAGACGACUAGCUUAAGUUCCGUUGAUUCAAGCACAAGUCAAACGACAACUUCUAACCAAGAAACCACUUCGUCAGGAAAUGAAUCCACAACAAGUUCGCAAGCUAUGACCACGACAGAAUCUUUCCAAUCAAGUACAACGACAAAGCAAGAUUCUUCAACAUCAUCUUCGAAUAAAGCUCCCACAUGUACUCAAGAAGGUUUCAUGGGAGAUUCCAUGAACUGUUCCAAAUUUUAUAGAUGUGUUAGUAAGGAAAACAACAGGGGAUUCACUAGGUAUGAAUUUUCCUGUGGUAAAGGUACAGUUUGGGAUCAAGACAGCUUAACUUGCAAUUACCCAUCUGCUGUAUCUGGCAAAUGCGGAAACAUUCCUGAUGGAGCUGGAACUUCCUCAGUUCCUCAAUCGACAUCAACAGGAAGUUCAGCUACAACAAAUGGGGAAGUCACUUCUACAAUAAGCUCGAUAUCUACUAGUGUUGACAACACUGAUACUACAAUUGGAGAAAUAAUAAGCACUACCGCUUCUGGGGAAUACACUACGGAAAAUUUUUCACAAACUAGUGAAUACUCAACACCACAAACUACUAGUACCACAGACGUAUCCUCAUCAUCUACGUUAGAAAAUAUAGCAUCAACAUCUUAUCCAACAUCUGGAAUGACUGAAUCUGAUAAAACAGAUUCUACAACUCCCGUCUAUUCAACCACAUCUACAACUCUUGGAACUGAAAGUACUGGAACAACAACCUCUUCACCUGGAAGCACUACACCGAUGAUAUCAGAUUCUACAACUAAUUCGUAUUAUACUACAACUAAUUCAAAUUCCUAUUCAUCAACAACUCUUGGAAAUGAAAAUACUGCUUCAACAACCAAUCUAGGAAGCGAAUCAACCACAUCAUCAACUGACUCGAUGACAGAAUCUUCAUCAAGUUAUGGUUCAACUGAUUCAUUGCCUACAGAAGUUGCCUCAACAACAACCUCCAGUGGUAACUAUUCCACGAACUGCCCAGUGAGUGAUCUCGAAGGUCAUCAAGUGGCUUUAGUAUGUCCGACAGGGUUUAGAAGACAUCCGAAAUACUGCAAUCUUUUCUAUCAAUGUACCAACAGUGAGAACAGUCAUGAUUUCAAAGUUCUCGUCUUGAGUUGUCCUAAUGGCACUAUUUACGAUGCAGAAAAAGUACAGUGCCUUCCAGAGAAGGAAACUUCAAGAUGUCAAGGGACUUUCGCAGGAAAAUCACUUUAUGCGAAGACGUCCCACAAUGCUUUACCAACAGUUCCAGUCCAUCGCCGUGGACCUAUCUGUCCCACCGAAGGUUACCAUGAGAUCGAAUCAGCUGAUUGUACCACAAGCUUCGUGAAGUGCCAAAGAUCAAGCGGAAGAACUCAAAAAAUGGAGGGUUAUAUGUACCAAUGUCCUCCAGGUUUCGCCUUCUGGAACAUCAGCAGAAGAUGUGAGAGAUUCUCAAGACAGCCUCACUGCUCCGGCAUCAACUUCUUGGAGACCAGAUGGGAAGUACCCAUAGAAUACUCCAACGUUUCAUACAGAAGAAGGAAGGGACCCUGGUGGCUCCAAUGGAAAAAAUAAGGGGUUCUAGUGAUGUUUUGAACUCGAUAAUUUCUAGAGAGCACUAAAUUCUAGUGAAGUUUCUUCAAACGUGAUAUUUAUAUUUACAAUUUACAAAUGACGAAGUUA